AUGAUGAUGUUCAUGAAGAUUACCGUCAUGAUCAUAGUGAUGGUGAUGAUGAUUAUGAUCACAAUGAACAUGAUCAUUACGAUGAUCAUCAUGAUGAUCAUCAAGCAAAGAGAUGAAAGAGGAAGAAGGGAUGCAUCGCCCCGGGGACGCCGCUACGAUGAUGACCGCAGAUAUUCGCGCGUAGAAUCUCCUCGGCGCGGGCGGUACGGCAGCAGGGAAAGAGGAGGCCGCGACUUCAGAGACAGAGGUGGUUGGUGGGGGGCAUAUGACAGAAGAGACAGAGAAAGAGACAGAGAAAGAGACAGAGACAGGGACAGAGAUGACGGCGGAUACUGCCACAGGAGCAGCUCCUACAGGGAUGAUUACAGAGAUUCGCGCAGGCGCGGGUAUGCUGCUGAUGCUGCUGUCAAGGGGUGUGAGGGGGGGCGUGUGCUGCUGCUGUGGAUACUGCUGUUGUUGCUGCGGCAGGAGCCGCAGCCGCACUCGCAGCCGUUCCCCUCGGCGUUCUCCUUCUUACAGUGGGGACUCACGAUAGAAUCACAAGGGCAUUUGCAGCGCUGCGCUGCUGCUUGUUGUCUCUUGUUGAUUAAGUGGCUAGCAGUAGCAGCAGCAGCAGCUCUUGCCCUUGGCUGGUGUCGGAGCCUAGACCUUGUUAAGACAGAAGAAAAGAAAGACAGAAGAAAACCAACAGACGAAUCUCACCCGCUCAGCUGGGAGUUCAAGAGGCCUCCAGGGCCGGGGGGGAUAUCGGCUUGGGGAGAGGGAAGCUGCAGCAGCAGCAGCAACAGCAGCAGCAGCAGCAGCUUGAGCGAGCCCUUCUUGCUGCCGCUGCUGCGCCGUUCGGUUUUCUGGGGAAACGCCGCAGUAAACGACGAAGCGGCAGCGGGUGGCGUCCAUGAGACCGUGAAGGGAGCAGCAGCUACUGCAGGCCUCUGCUGCUGCCGCUGCUGUAGUGCCCAGGUGCAGCAGCAGCAGCAGCAGCAAAAAAGCAAGAGUUUCUGGGGCAGAGGAAUCAAGCUUCUAGAGGCGUAG